AUGAGCGCCAUAAACAGCAGCUUUUUCUCGGUGGAGACCGAGUUCCAUGGACAAUUCCAUAUCGUACGGACGAAGCCGCCAUUCGUUGUGCUGCUGGUGUUUGUGAGCUGUGCCCUGGGAGCUCUGUUGAGGACCAUUCUGAAGGAAUCAAACUUUCCUAUUAAUGUAAUUCUUUGUUCGAUUGGAGUUCUCCUUGGAGUAGUGGGCUACUUUGUAAAGGAGUUUACUAUUUUGACAGAAUACAUUGCAGAGAUUGAUCCGAUCCUGUUUCUUCAUAUGUUCACACCUGUUAUAAUAUUUACUGCUGCUUUUGAAAUGGAUUUUUAUACAUUUCGGAAAUCAUUUUGGCAGAUAUUGCUACUUUCAGUUCCUGGCCUUUUGCUGAAUUGUACUUUAAUUGGAUGGUUCACUUAUAAAAUCAAUAAGUAUAACUGGAACUGGCACGUUAGCAUGUUGUUUGGAACCAUUCUUAGCCCAACAGAUCCUAUCCUCUCUGUGGCUUCCGUGAAAAACAUUGGUCUUUCAAAAAUCGUCAUUAAUCUAAUUAAAGGAGAGUCUUUGUUCAAUGAUGCUACCACUGCAAUUGUUUUUGAACUUUACAGGAAUCUUGUAUCUGACCCACAUACUGAAUUUGCUAAAGAAAUUAUUAUUAAACUAAUAUUAAAAUUUUUUGCAAGUACCAUAUUUGGAUUUUUGAGUUCAAGAAUAGUUAUAUAUUGGCGGUCUCAUGUCUUCAAUGAUGGAUUAACUGGAAUAAUGCUAAGCUUCUCAAUGACAUACCUGAUUUUCUUCAUUGCUGAAUGGAUUGGAAUGUCUGGUGUUAUCUCUCUCACUGUUUUGGGAAUUCUUUUACAUUCUGAAAACUUUAGUCCAGGGGUUCAUGAAUUUAACCUUAGGUUCUGGUCAAUGCUGACAUUUUUGGCUCAUGUUAUGAUAUUCAUUAUAACUGGAAUUGUGAUAGCUGUAAAAGCCAUUCCACAUGUGACUAUUCAUGAUUUGUUUUAUAUCUUAACAUUCUAUCUUGCAUUGAAUCUUAUAAGAGGUCUAGUUGUUUUGUUCUUGAGCCCUCUUCUGAGCCACCUUGGUUAUGGAUUUAACUGGCGCUGGGGAGCUGUCAUUGUCUGGAGUGGAAUGAGGGGUAUUUUUACUUUGAAUAUGGCUCUUGGGAUUAGCCAGUCAAAAGAUCUGGGUAUAGCAGCAAUGAAGAACACGAUAUUACUGCAUGCAGUAACAGCAUCAUUAAUGACUUUGAUGAUUAAUUCUACCACGGUGAAAAAGCUGGUGACAACAUUGGGUCUAUGUAAUAUUACUCUUCCAAAGCGUAUGGUAAUGUACAGUGCUGUUCAGCGUAUAAAAGAAAUGGAGGCCAACGCAUUUUCCAUGUUGAAAUUUGAUAGAUUUUUCGCUGAUGCAGUUUGGACCAUGACUGAAGAAGCAAUUAAAAUUGAUUACCCUUAUAAAUUUGACAUAGAGGAAAUUUCCCAAAAUAUUAGAGCACUUGAAUGUCCAGAUUGUAAGGCAGAAAUUUCAGCUGAGACACCACCUCAACAAAUUGUUGACAUACUGGAAGAAGCCAGGUUACGUCUUUUAACAGCACAAAUAGCUAGUUAUCAGAAACAAUACUACACUGGAAUGCUUAACGAAGAUGCUGCCCAAACAUUAAUAGGUGCAGCAGAAAGCUAUAUUGAUAUUAGAGGAAAAUUUAUGAACUUUCAUGAGGUAAAGACAUAUUGGGAAAGCAAAGGACUACUAGCUUCCUUUAAGAAAUUGUUAUCUAAUUGGGUUUACAAUGUGGAAAAUGAAAAAUCUAAGCCACCAAGGAACAAGAUUCUGAAGCUUUGUCAUCAUCUUGUAUUUAUGGAUGAAUUUGAGUACAUAAGUUACAUUAUAAUAUUAUUGAAUUUAUUUCCCAUUCUAUUGGAUUUUAUCACACAUCCAGAGGAAACAUAUAUUAGAGAACUAAAAAUCUUUAACUACUAUUUCCUUGGUUUGUAUAUACUGGAGGCAUCAUUAAAGGCUUUAGCCAUGAGGAGGGCUUACAUCUUUCAUCGUUGGAAUCAGAUUGAACUAGUAAUCAUAAUAGUUGGACUCAUAGAUAUCAUGAUUAUUAAUAUCUUUAAGCCACUUCACCAAACAUACCAUAUGAUUAAGACUAUCAGGGUAUUCGGAGUCAUUCGCCUUAUUAGAGUUCUGCGUCUUUUGAAGCUUGUGAUAUCAAGACUGAUAAACCUAUUGGAAAAACAAAUAAACAAACAGCUAACCUUUAGAUAUGAUAUUGUUAAGGGUUAUCUGCAAGGUGAAGAAGAUACAGAAUAUUUAAUUGAACAGAUUUUUGGUUAUGAGACAAUUUCUAAGGAAAUAAAUAAAAUUAUGGAAAAGAAUAAACAAGAUGCUAUGAAAGAGCUAGGUUUAAUGCAGCGUGAUUAUCCAGAUAUUGUUUCUGCUGUGCAAACCAAACAGGCAGUCCAAACUGUGCUAAACACAGCUACGGGAACUCUUGAAGUAUUGAUAUCAAGUGGAAUUUUUGAUAAAAAUGAAGAAGCAAAAUUACAAAAGAUGAUUCUGCAAAAAAAAAACAAACUUGGCACUCUUCCAUCUACUAUUGCAUCACCUACCACAGAGGAGCAUUUACACAGUAUCAGUUGGUUAGAAAAUGAAAAGAAACAAAUUGAGUUCAUGAAGAAAAAAGCAAGGAUCCUUCGUUAUGACUAUGGAGACAAUAUAUGUCAGCAACAUGAAAUGCCACAAGGAAUCCACCUAAUUGUUUCUGGAGUGACAAAGCUUUAUGGUUACAGACCCUACUGUGGAGUUGAUAAAGAUAUAUAUGAACAGAGAUAUCCUACACCGGUGCCAUAUACUGACUACCUGGUCAUUGGAGCAAUAAUAGGAGAGUUGAACUGCCUAACUAAACAAGCAAUGGAAUAUACAGUUAUCUGUAAAACUGCUGUUCAGACGUGUUUUAUUUCUAUGGACGACUUGUCUGAAGCUUUUAAUGCGUUUUUACAAUACCCAUCUUUGGAAUAUAAAAUAUGGUUAAAACUUGCUCGUGAGAUCACUAGUAACAUUUUCAAGGAAAACCGUGCUUGCCAGGAUUGGUCAUGUAAAAAGUUGACUCAUGCUUAUAUGAUGGAUGUACCAACCCACGUCAAAUGCGAUAUUUAUGAUGGAUCCAUGGAUGUUGUUAUUCUUGUACAUGGAAGUGUAGAAGAUUGUCAACAACUGCAACAUUAUUUUGCACCCUGUAUUUUACCUAAAACUUGCUAUCAGGUACAAGGAACUUCUGCAAUAACAAAACUCCUAAUUAUACCACCUACCACCACUAUGGAGAGGAAGAGUAGUAGAAAAUGCAGUAAUGUGGAUCAAUAUCAUUCAUCUCGUCAGAGGCGGGUAACCAUUGGAAAGAUUGUGGAAACAGAUGGUAGCAGUCAUCAUUCAUUACGCUCAGAUUCUGUAAGUUUGAAACAUACCAAAUAUAAAUCUGUUUUGAAGUGAGCACUUUCAAUUUAACCUUAAGAAUACUGUACAAGACAAAAGACAAGAAUGUUCACUGUAAGGGGAUUAUACUUAUUUUUACAUUUCCAAAAGCGGUCAUCACAAAUAUCUGAGUGAAUGUAGAGGAAUAAGACAACAUAGUGACUAAGAAAACAAAAAGAUUGUUGCCCUCUUUAAUA